AUGUCACGGAAAAAUAGUUUAUAUGAAAAUUUUCAAGCACCAUAUAAAAUCGUUAUAAUUGGUGAUGUUUGUUGCCCAAUGAAAGGUGCUACUCGUUGGUGUAGAAAUGCAUGUAAAUCAGCAAUGUACGCACCAACAUUGGAUAUUAACGAAAAACAAAAACGUCUCGAUUAUUUUUGCUCAAUAGAAUUUGAUUCGAAUUUGGUAAUUCGAUAA